AUGAAUUCGCUGCCAACAACUCUUACGACAUUAACUGCGACUACGAGCUACUUCGAUGACCGGUCCAUAACAUGGGCUUUAGUUCUUGGAGUGAUUCUUGCAUUUGUAUUGGGUGCUGGAAUGGGAGCCAAUGAUGUCGCCAAUGCGUUCGGUACUUCAGUUGGAAGCGGAACUUUGACACUGAUUCAAGCGUACACGUUAGCGAGUAUAUUCGAAACUCUUGGAGCAGUGCUAGUCGGUUGGUCUGUUACGGACACUCUACGCAAAGGUGUGGUAGAUACAAGAGUAUAUGCAGAUUCACCAGAAGAUCUAUUUUUUGGCCAGAUAGCAGCCCUCGGAGGUGAAUUGAAUAAGCACAAGUUUUAUCUAGUAGUGUACUCCCAAAGAUUUCAACAAAACUAA